AUGGGGACUGCUGCCACCGGGGCGAGACUUUUCAAGAUUCUGGGGACGAGGAGUGAGAUGAAGGCGGAAGGGUUUGCCCUCAGUUUGAUGGAGGUUUUUGGAGAUAAGUUGAGGGUUUCCAGGCCGGUGAAAUGCAUUGACUUGCGAAUAAUGAACCUGGACGAUGCUGCGGUAAGUGAGGAGCUGAGGACAGCAAUUAUUUCGAAGGGGGGUUACCCUCCAGAGCAUAUUCAUCCGAUAUCUGAAGGGAUAAGAGGAGGCCGGGUGGCACAUGUGGGUAUCCCGGUGGCGGUGGCUAAUGUGUUGCUUGAUGAAGGUGGUCUGGUUGUGGGAUGGAUGUUCGUCAGAGUCCAACGUCUGGAGCCCCUGCCCAUGUGCCGUUUUAAAUGUAUUUUAACUGUUUCUGGUGUGGCCUGGAGGGAUACCGAGCGGCGGGAUGUCGCGGGAAAAAUCAGCCGCAUCGAUUCCCGCGAAUCAUGUGAUGGGGAGCAAGAGGUGCCCCCCACCACCCGUGAGGGUGUGGGCAUGCCAUCUAAAGGAAACAUGAUAAAUAAGUCACGUAACCCGUCACGCUUACUCGCACCCAACGACAAAGUUAUACCUGUUUUAUACAUUCAUACGGAGGUGGAGGACAAUACAGAGGUUUCCAGCGAUAUACAACUGAAAGUGAGAUGCACUGCAGUUUCGAACAAGUCACGCAGCUGGGGAGUGAUCAGCUUCCCUACCGCUAGUUCGCUCGGUGUAUCCUGCGCAGAUGGAGCGCAGGAUACACCGAGCGACGCGAAUUGCUGUCGAGUGGAUGGAGACAGCGAAAACAAAGACGCUUGGAAGUCUCUAGAGGAGGCUUUCACCUCCGAGAACGAGGGGUUCUUACUAGCUUAG